AUGAAUGAGGAUUCACUUGUUUAUUCAUUUGUUUUGGUGUAUUCACCUUCACCUGUUCUUAACACGCCUAUUGUGAAGACUAAUGAAGCUAUGGUUGAAAUUCAUUGCAUCUACCCAAGGAAACACAAUGUGAGUAGUAAUGCAUUGAAUCCCACCUGGUUUCCCUAUGCUGCAGUGAGAGCUGGCGAAGAACAUCUGCACUUCUCCCUCAAACUCAUGACUGAUGACUGGAGGUAUGAGCGAUCAUCUAAUGCCUACUUUCUGGGAGAUUUCAUAAACCUGGAAGCCUCAGUGGUCCGUGCUAAUCACGUUCCUCUGCGGGUGUUUGUGGAAAGCUGUGCAGCUACUUUGGGCCCCAGUGGGGAAGCCGCCACCAUCUACACGUUCAUCGAGAACAGCGGGUGCAUGAUGGAUGCCAAGCUGACAGAGUCCAGGUCCAGGUUCAUGUCCAGGAUACAGGAUGACAAGUUA